GUAGCUACAUGUAUCACUAUGGUAAACUGCGACGCACAAAAUUUGACAGAACUGAGAUCGGGAGCUUUGCAGGCCGGAGACUGGACGGUUGUUGUGCUCUACUUUCUGUUCUGUAUCAUAGUGGGGCUCUAUGCGAGCUGGAAAACUAACCGUUCUGGUACAACUAAGGAAUAUUUUUUGGCAGGAGAGAAGCUGGUGUGGUGGUCUGUUGGUGCAAGUCUCUUUGCUAGUAAUAUUGGUAGUGAACAUUUUGUUGGAUUAGCUGGGCAAGCAGCCUCGUAUGGAAUAUCAGUGGGAGCCUAUGAAUGGCAGGCUAUCUGGAUUGUGUUGCUGCUUGGUUGGUUUUUUAUGCCAGUCUACAAGGCAUCUGGAGUGUCCACAAUGCCACAAUACCUUGAACGUCGUUAUGGCAAUCCACAUCUCAGAUCUUACUUGACUGUCUUGUCACUGUUCAUCUACAUUCUCACCAAAAUCUCUGUGGAUUUGUAUGCAGGUGAUGUGUUCCUCGAGGAGGCAUUUGGUUUGAACGUUUACGCGGCUACUGCUAUUUUGCUGCUGAUAACUGGUCUAUAUACAUUGUUUGGGGGACUCUCUGCUGUUGUGUACACUGAAGUACUACAGACUGGCAUAAUGAUCAUUGGAGCAUCUAUUCUUGCGAUUAUUGGCUUCGUAGAUGUUGGAGGUAUGUCUGGGCUUGAAGAUAAAUAUUUGAACUUGAGUGUAACGAAAUGUCUAAACAACAACUCAGAUGCAAAAAUCAGUCAUGAUGAUGCCUUCAGUAUUGUCCGAUCUGCAUCAGUUAGAACUCCAGAUCUUCCAUGGCCAGGUGUGUUUUUCUCGCUCCCAAUCACUAGCAUAUUUUACUGGUGCUCUGAUCAAGUCAUUGUUCAAAGAGUUCUUGGUUCAAAAGAUAUCAAUCAUGCUAGAGCAGGCACGGUGAUGGCUGGCUAUUUGAAGAUACUCCCCAUGUUCCUCAUGGUUUUUCCAGGCAUGAUAAGUCGAGUCCUUUACCCUAAGAUUGUUGGUGCAGACGGCUGUUCUAAUCUUGCUUAUCCAACGUUGGUCUUGAAGCUAAUGCCUCAUGGGUUGACAGGUCUUAUGUUAGCUGUUAUGAUGGCAGCUCUCAUGUCAUCACUGGCAUCCACUUUUAAUAGCAGUAGUACAUUGUUUACUUUGGAUGUGUGGCUUCGUUAUCGAAGUCGGUUGGGUGGAAAGCCAUCUGAACGAGAGCUAUUGAUUGUUGGUCGUCUUGUUGUUAUAGUGAUGGUGGUUAUCAGUGUGAUAUGGGUGCCCAUAGUCGAUCAAUUUCAGAGUGGGUUGUUAUUCAACUAUAUACAGACAAUCAGUUCGUAUCUUCAGCCACCUGUGACAGCUGUGUUUCUGUCUGGUUUGCUGUGGAAAGGAGCAACUGACUGGGGUGCAUUUGCGGCUCUCUUGGUUGGACUGAUUGUAGGAGUGACAAGGCUCAUCCUUGACUUUGUCUAUCCGUUUCCUCAAGGAUGUGACUUUGACACUCGACCAGCUGUUCUAAAAAUCAACUACCUAUACUUCACCAUCAUACUAUUUUUCAUCUCACUGAUUGUUCUGUUUGUUGUCAGUCUCCUCACUCAAAAUCGUGCACGAAAAAAGAACAACCUUGCUGGUGUCACCUGGUGGACAAGACAUGAAAAAUAUAUUGAACAACAACCUGAAGAUAGACUGCACCUUGCAGAACAACAGCCUUCUCAAGAGAAUGCAAAUUUGAAUAGUCAAAGUGAUGUUAUUGAAACAAGUUGUAGUGCACCAUAUGGAACAAUAGUGAAUGAUAACAAUAACACAGAACAGCACCAUACUGAAACUACAAGUGCUGAAGCAAUGGAAAUUCAAGAGGAAGUCAAAUCAAGCUUCCAAGUCAGAAUUGGUAAAGCUUUGUGGCAUCAUCUAAAAGGAUGGCUGUUUGGUCACAUGGAGUCUUAUCAAGUCCAUGAGAACAUAGAUGAUGACACAGAGGAGUCACCAGAAUGGGGACCAAUACCAAUAUGGUCUCUACGAGCUGCUGUUGUAUUAUUGCUAGCUACACUUGCUGUCUUAUGGGGACUAUUUUGGUGACUUAGUAUCCUUUGUUGAUUGAUACAAUUCUCUAGUCAACAUUGCUGAUUGUCAGUUCUAUAGAUAUAUUUUGUGACUAACAGCUUUUGUCGAUUGAUUAAUUUCUCUAGUCAACACUGCUGAUUGUCAGUCAUAUUACAUAUAGGUAUCUUUGAUAAACAUGAAGUGUAAGAGCCUCUGUGAAUACAUUAUUUGGGUGACAUACAUAAUGUGUGUCUAAUUUGUGACUGAGCCAAGCAUUGACACCCAAGAAGCAAGAAGCAACUAUUGCCCAGUCUAGCAACAGAUUCAGUAUUGUAAACAAAGCUUUACACUCUAUAUGUGUAGACAAGAUUAUCAUAGUAUUACCAUUAUACCAUUUGCUCUAUAGGUGCUACUUCCACUAUUGCACGCAGGUCUUCACAAUUUUGGAAAACUUGCCGAGAUUCCAAAAUAAAGUCUCUACUAUCAAAACUUACUGUUCAUGGAUAUUACAUCCACUAUACACUGUAAGCGCAAUCUUGCACAGCGGGUGGUCAGGCGACUAGCAUAUGAAACAAUAUGAGACAAAUUGUUGCUAAUCAAACAAUAUUUUGAAUUCCCAUUGCUGUCAUACUGUUCUCAAAAUGAUGUUACCAAAACAAACAUCAUGUCAUGCUACAGGAUGGU